AUGCAAUUAAUUUAUAUCAUAGUACCUUUGAUUGCCGUCGCUAUUGCUUUCUUCUUUAUGAGCGGAAGCAAAUCCCGACCAUCAGAAAAGCUCAAAACUGAAAAGAAGAAGAGUAAAAAGACAGAGAAAAAGGCAUCCAGUUCAGUUGUUGCAGCAGCAUCUUCUGAUGAAGAACCAAGCAAGGCCACUGAUGAAAUUCAAUCUCUUGAUGUUGCCGAACUUUACGGAUUGAACAAGAGCAACAACAAGCCUCAAGUCACUGAGUCUACUGCUAACAAGAAGCAACAACAGACCAAGGAGAAGCCAACCAAGAAGCAACAAAAGGAGGCCAAGAAGGAGGAACAACAAGAAUCCGAGGAUUUCCAAGUGGUCAAGAGACCUGAAGUUACUGGUCGUAAGAAGGAUGAAACCAAGAAGGCAUCUGAGCAACAACAACAAAACGACAAGAAGAAGAAGAAGCAAAAUGAAAACAAGUCCAUUUUCAAGAAGUUUGAAGAGCCAAAGAAGGAACAAUCAGCUUCUGAUGAAGAUGAAACUGAUAAGAAAAAGACACAAGCAAAAAAGACCACUUCCGAAUCCAAGACUGAAACCAAGAAGAAGCCAACAGCUGAAACAACUAAAAAGGCUCAACCAUCCAAACCAAUCGUGGAAAGUGAGGAAGAGGAAAGCGAAGAAGAAGAAGUUGUUGUUGAAAAGAAGCCAACCACUACUCAACAACCAAAGACCGUUGAAAAGAGAAAGACUAUUAUCAAAGAUCCUUAUGCUUCCGAGCAAGAUUUCUGGGAUGACAAUGUCAAGGACACUACUCCAGCCAAGCAAGAGGUUGAAGUGAAACCUGCUACCAUCAAUACUACAGCUACUAUUACUUCCAAGAAGCCAUCUGCUGUCUCAUCAGCCAAAAUUGUUGUGAACAACAGUGAAUCCACUUCAACUGCUUCAUGGUCUCAACAAGAAGCUGGAUCACAAUCUGCUGGUUCCGAUGACUCCAACUUCCCAAAGGUCGGAGCAAAGAAAGUGAAGCAAACUAAACAAACUAAGGGAGCUGGCUCAUCAGAAGUUUUGGUUCAAUAA